AUGAUACCCGCUUCGAAGGCCAACCUUGCGCGCAUUCGAAACAAUCAACGGCGUUCCCGGGCACGCCGGAAAGAGUACCUCCAAGAGCUCGAGGCUCGUUUGCGACAAUACGAACUCCACGGCAUCGAAACUUCGGUAGAGAUUCAAAUAGCUGCAAGGAAGGUAGCAGACGAAAACCGGAAACUGCGAGGGCUUCUAUUGGUUCAUGGCAUUGGGGACGAUAAUGUCGAGGCCUACUUGCAAUCUCCGCCAACCAGUGAUACUCUGUUCGCUAGCCAGUUCCCAAGCCGCAGUGCUCCUGCUCAAGUACUUCAACAUUUGCUCCAGAAACGCAAGUCGUUCUGUUCAGAUGGAGUUAUCGGAGUACCCAUGAAUGGCAUGGGAGGACUUGAGGGCGGGGGAAGCUCUCCAACCAGCGUCUGUGCCACGCAAUCACCAUGGGAUUCAAACCGAUUGUCAAAUCCUUGGUAG